AUGGCUGUGUGUGCGGACUGCAAAAUAAAAAACUCACGGUUGGAAGAGAAGCUUUGUCGUCUGCAAAAUGAUCUCCGUGAAAAGGAUAGGCUGCUGGAGGGCUUCAUAUCCUUAGCUUCAGCUCAAGCUAAACAUAUAUCCCUGAGUCAGGCCUCCAGGAUCACCGGUCUUUCGCCCUCAGCUCUGGCACCACAGCUGGUUUCGGCCUCCGCUGCCACUCUGCCCUGGUUGGCCUCCCUGCAUUCUCCGAACGGGCCGGCCGAGGGCCCUGCAGCCGGGGGUCCAGCCGGCUCACCCGUGCCGCACAGCGCAAAGCCGGCAGGCUGUCUCUCCACCUCUCCUCCCGCGCAUCGGUACAGUCAGGGUCUGAGACCGCUGGAUGAUCCUGACACUGGCAUGGUAGCGGGGCUCCCAGCGCUCCCUACCCACAGCUCGACCCCAAAGCUGAAGGGGCAGCAAACCUGGCUCGAAGUGGCGCAACGUGGAUGGAGGACAACCGCAGCGGAGAGAGUCCCUUCACCACCACGGCUCUCCCUCUCCAACCGCUUCUUGGCCCUGAGGGAUGAGGCCCCCGCUGACCCAGUCGCUGCUCCGGCUCCACUUCUCCUGUCGGUCCCAGCUCCAGCAGAGGCGGCUCCGCUCGGACCUGGCACCGCGGCCCUCCUCGACCGGGAUACUGCGUCGCAGGCUGCUGAAGGAGGCCGUCUCCAGGCGCUCGGAGAGGCUUCCCCGGGCCGGCAACACCCUCACUCCACCUGCGUCCGCUCACUGCCGGCAAUCGCCGUCUCCUGCACAGGUGGAGCGCCCAACAUCUGA